GAGCAGCUUCUUCUGCUCUUUAGUCUUUUCCCCCUUUCAGUAGUUUGCCCGACGGGAGACAUCGAAGAGCGAUCGAGUAAGCUUUUCUGAAUUCUAACAAAGGCGACGCCUUUUACAGGUUUUCUGUGAAUUCUGGUUUCUGGGUCUCUGCCUUAUAAUUUCUAGCUUGUUGGGUUCGUUUGCUGGUUCUUGUUCUCUCUCUCUCUCUCUGGGGUUUUGUGACUUUGAUAUUGUGACUGGGGUUUUCCCCCCCGGUAUAUCCGUGAUGGGUAGUCUUAGGAUUGGAGUUUGAUUUGCUUGAUUGGUGGGUACAAGUUGUGACUGGAACUGUUUCUACUGCUGUUGCUCAAGAUUUUGAAUUGCUAGACUCCUGCUGCUUUAUUGUGUAUGCUUUGAAUUUGGGAAGGAUUUUGGUUCAAACUUAGGAUUAGAUGGGAUUAUAGCUAAUGUCCGGCUUUUCUAUACUGGUUUUUCAACUCCCUACACUUCAUCAGUUGCAGUAAUUAAGAAGCUUUGUUUCGGUACUUACUGUUGGUGGUGCCUAAAAAGCAGCUGAUGCCUUAGAUGAAUGAAAAUUAAUAUUUUGACAGGUGAUCGAUCAUCUGUAAUUGGUGCUAGGAUGAGUGGAAUCGCAAUAGAGGAUGACUGGGAGUUUGCUUCACCUUCUACCGAAGACCCUUGGUCGAUCGUUCUAGUUGGACGAACUGGUAAUGGGAAGAGUGCAACAGGUAAUAGCAUAUUGAAGAAGAAAGCCUUCCAGUCCAAGAAUAGUUCAUCGGGGGUAACGCGGUCCUGUGAGUUGCAGACGACUCUGUUGGGAGAUGGUCAGAUCCUCAACGUCAUCGAUACUCCUGGGCUUUUUGAUUUCUCUGUGGGGGCUGACUUUGCGCACAAGGAGAUAGCCAAAUGCAUCAACAUGGCUAAGACUGGGAUCCAUGCAGUGGUCCUUGUGUUCUCUGCGAGGAAUCGGUUUACUAAUGAGGAAGAAGCUACCAUUCGUAACUUACAGUCCUUGUUCGGAAAGAAGAUCAUCGACUACAUGGUUGUAUUGUUCACUGGUGGAGAUGAACUCGAAGAUAAUGAUGAGACUCUAGAGGGUUAUUUGAGUGAUGAUUGUCCUCAACCUCUAAAGGAAAUUCUUUCAUUGUGUAAGAAUCGGAAGGUUCUGUUCGAUAACAAGACUAAAGACGAGUUUAAGAGAGCUAGCCAGGUCGAUGAGCUUCUUGCCCUUGUUAACAAUGUUGUGAUGCAGAAUGGUGGACGACCAUACACGAAUGACAUAUUCGUCGAAAUGCAGAAACAUACCAAGAUCAUUCGUAACAAGCAAGCUGAGCUCGAGGCCCUUCAAGUUCAGCACCACUCUUCUCUGGAAAUAGCUGGUCUGAAACAACUGAUGCAUGAUCUAUACCAAGAACAGCUCAAACACAUAACUGACAUGGUCGAGUCGAAGCUUCAUGAGACAACAGUCAAACUCGAGCAGCAGCUGGCGAAGGAGCAGGCCGCACGUCUCAAAGCAGAGGAGUUCGCACAGCUGGCUCACUUGCAGUCGAGCGACGAGAUCCGCCAGCUGAGGGAGAACCUCGAGAGUGCCCGAGCAGAGACUGAGAGACUCCGCGAGCAGGCAGAGAGGGAAACUGCGAUCCUGUGGCUGAAACGAAGUCUGGUGAGGGCCCAGAUGGGGACAGGGGAGAUUCUGAAGAGGGCCGAGUCCCAUUCUGCUGUGCUGUGGCUCCAUAGGAGUUUGGAGAGAGCUGAGAAGGAGACUGUGGAGUUGUUGCAUCAGGCUGAGAAGCAUUCCGCGGUAUUGUGGAUUAGGGAGAGUGUGAGGAAGCUGCAAGGGAAGCUGAGUAUCAAUGCAAAUCAGGGGGUUUGAGAGGCAAUGUUUGUGACUUGAGGGAGAGAUCAACCAGUUUCCUGGUUUGAGUAUGUAUAGAGUUUUCUUACUGGGAAGUUUAUUUUGGGGAUGAUUUAGGUUUUUGAUAAUAAAUGAUGUCUGGCUAGUAGCUCCAUGUAAAUGUUUAAAGCUUUUAUCAAGUUUCUCUUAUCAGAAUUCAGAAUGCAAACCUUGGUCGGUUAUUAGAGCAUUUGUGUCUGGUUUUUGUUAUAGCAUGCUAAGCAUAUGCUGCUGGAAAAUGCAUUCACCAAAUGUGGCUAAUGGGUUAGCUUCUGGUAAGGUUAAUAUAUGAGGAAAUCGUGUUUUUUAAUAUCCGGUAUGGUGUUGUUUCACAAAUAUGUAACUUUUCUAUAUCAAAAUACUUAAUUUAUCAUAUUCUUUUAUCGAUAUGAUAUGAUUUUCCAAACGUGAAAAAGUCUCACAAACCUAAAUAUUUAUAUGAAACAAGCUUUAAUUAUAAAUCUACCAUGUUCAUUAUUUUUGGAUUAGAGUUCAAAGCAAACAAAGUAACAUUCCAAAAUGUGCUCUAAAACUUAUAAUUAGGGAUGGCAAUGGGGCGGGUUUGGGGCGGGUUUGCCUAAACCAUCCCCAAACCCAUCUUCAAAUACCCAAACCCAUACCCGCCCCAUAUCCAUGCAGGGGAAUGUUUUGCAAACCCAUCCCCAUACCCGUGGGUUUCGGGUACCCAUGGGUAAUACCCAUACCCGUACAUCCAACAUUAUUAUACCUAAAACUUACAAGAAAAGUUUUAAUUAUAAUUCUAAAAGAACAUAUUAUAUCAUGAAGUCAACAAAACACAGUCAUUUUUUUAAUAUGGUUCAAAGAAUAUGAUCCUAAAAGUAUCCAUUAAUACAUAAUAUAGAGUAUAAUAUUUUUCAAAUUAUUAUGUUCUAACUUUGAUACAUCUACUAAAUAAUAAUUAACUAACAUAAUCUUGUUGACAAGGGGGAAGUGAAAGAGUGAAAUGAGAAUUGAGAGAAAUGAAUUAGGUUUUGAUUA